GCACCCAGCCACCUACGAAUACUCACUGCUUGAGUUCAAAAGACACGUCGACCGUGUUCUGCACACGUCUGUGGCAAACAAAUUGAGGUAGAGCAAUGUCUUUCCAGCAUGCUCCUGCCACCAAGGGUUUCAUGAUGGCGUGUGCUGCAACGUCCAUCGUCGCGGCAGUGUUUGACGUGAAGCACUAUUUUCACCUGCAGCUUGUCCCACAUUUGUCUCGACAUCACCAGUACUGGCGUCUCUUCGCGCAUCACCUGGCCUAUUCUAACUCCAGUGAGCUCUUCAUAUGGGAGCUCAUCCUCUAUAAUGUCGGCGUGACCAUCGAGCGACAAUUUGGUACCAUCAAAUUUGCAUCUUAUGCCGUAAUUUCGACCUUGGUGUCAACGAUACUGGAAUUUGUGUUUCUCCUUGCCUUCAACCGACUCAGGUUCAACCGCAUCCCCUCUGGGCCUACGGCAUUUGCCUUCAAUCUCCUAUACCAAUACUCAAGAUUGGUGCCGUCUGAGUACAGAUUUCGUGUGUUUGGGGUGACGGUGACCAACAAAGUCUUCGUGUACAUUCUAGCGUUUCAGCUCGCGAUCAGCCAGCCAUUGUCCUCCACCGCCGUAGCCGCUAUCGGCUUACUCACAGGAGCGCUCUAUCGCUCCGAUAUGGCCAGUUUGAAGACAUAUCGGCUGCCGCCUUGGUUCGUGAGAGUGUCGUCACGUUUCUUGCUCCCCCUCGUCGGCUCGAUGCCCGCCCCUCGCCGGACGAACCGUGCGUUUCCUGACGAUCGAAUCGCCACACAAGCGUCGUCCGAUGCCGAAGAAGUUGUCACUACUGCCCGACCCUCAGGGUCGACGGUCGAAGGAACCGCAGGGGCACCAGGCACUUCCGUUAUGAGAGAAUGGGUCAAUGAAUUGACGGGAAGGGCGCAGCGUCCGUCCGCUGGUCUCAGGGUUCCUACCGAGGCCGAGAUUACGCAAUUGACCAGCAUGUUUCCCGAUGUCCAAAGAGAGGUUGUAGUGGGUGUCUUGCAGCGAAGUACGAACACCGAGGGGGCCGUCGAGACCUUAUUGAGUUCUCAAUGAUAAGGAACGGUGCCCGUGGCAAUGUUCUUGAUGACUAUGCAGAAGCCCCAUCACAGUCCAUAGUGUUCACAUCACGAAGCUUUUCGUUUUCGUUCUCAGCUACACUUCAAACGACAGGAAGGCUAGAGGGUCACAUGCACUAAGCCUCAGGCUCUUCGCCAUCAGAGCCUACUUCCUCCUCCUCUUCUUCGGCAGUGAAGGCCGACAUUGGGACGGUAUACAAUCGGAUGACAGGCUGUUAAAAUUGCAAAAAGUUAGUAUAUCACCAUCA